GAGCGUCCAAGCGUCUAAUCCGGAUUAAGCGGCCCGGAUGACACGCGAACUUGCUGGCGCGCGUAGAGAGGAAAGGGUAGCCCGGCGGAAGCCGCCCUCGGCCACUGAUCCGCCCAUUGCCUUCAAACCGGGGCAGGCGGAGACUCCCGGCCGAGGCGGCGCCAGGCUGCUGUCCGGACGAGGGCGGCUGACGCGCCGCGCCAUGGAGAGCCCCGGGGAAGAAGAAGACAACGAGGAGGAGGAGGAGGCGGAGGCGGCGGCUGAACCGGACUGGCUUCUUCCCGCGCCCGGCGGCGCACCUCGGCGGAGUCGCCUCAGGGCUUGUUAUGGUAAACGAAGCAACGCAGGAGGUGCUCAGCACCGAGUCAUUGUUCAUCUGGACCUGGACUGCUUUUAUGCACAGGUGGAAAUGGUCUGCAAUCCUGAAUUAAGAGGCAAACCGCUAGGUGUUCAACAGAAAUAUAUAGUAGUCACCAGUAACUAUGAAGCUAGAAAUGUUGGUGUUAAGAAGCUAAUGUCUGUGAAAGAGGCAAAAGAAAAAUGCCCAGAACUGGUGCUGGUUAAUGGAGAGGAUCUGACAAAAUACAGAGAAAUGUCUUACAAAAUUACAGCAUUAUUGGAGGGAUUUACUCCACUAGUAGAAAGACUUGGAUUUGAUGAAAAUUUUGUGGAUAUAACUGAGAUGGUAGAGUCGAGGCUGGAGCAAGGGAAGAAAGAAGACUUUUCUAAAAUUUCUGUCUCUGGUCAUGUAUAUAAUAAUCAGAUGGUCCGUAUGUAUGAUCCGAUCCAUGUACGAUUAGCUGUGGGAUCUCAGAUUGCUGCAGAGAUGAGAGAAGCCAUGUUCCAUAGUCUGGGCCUUACUGCCUGCGCAGGCGUGGCCCUGAAUAAGUUACUCUCCAAGUUGGUGUCCGGAACCUUUAAGCCAAACCAGCAAACGGUCCUUUUGCCCGAGAGCCGCCAGGACCUGAUGGCCAGUCUUGACCACAUAAGAAAAGUGCCUGGUAUCGGUUUUAAAACUGCAAAGCGCCUCGAGAUGCUUGGCCUACGGACGGUGUGUGAUCUCCAGAUGUGUUCCUCUGUGAGGCUAGAAAGAGAGCUGGGCGUUUUGGCUGCACAGCAUAUUCAGAAGCUCAGUUGGGGAGAAGAUAACUCCCCAGUCACCCCAUCGGGCGCCCCUCAGUCCCUAAGUGAUGAGGAUUCAUUCAAGAAGUGCUCUUCCGAAGCAGAGGUGAAAAAGAAAGUUGAAGGACUCCUUGCCAGUCUUUUAGAGAGAUUACACAAGGAUGGUAGAAAGCCACAUACAAUAAGACUGACCAUUCGGCAGUUCACUCCUAGCCUUACAGACAAAUGGUUCAAUCGGGAGAGCCGUCAGUGCCUUAUUCCAUCUCAUGUGAUCCAGAAGAUUGGAACAGGUGAUGCCAGUGUCAAGACUCACCUUGUUGCCAUCCUUAUGAAACUCUUCCGUAAGAUGAUCAAUGUGAAUGCUCCAUUCCAUCUGACGCUUCUGAAUGUCUGCUUCUCCAACCUCAAAGCCCCUCCUGCGUCCGCCAAGCAGUCUAUUGGGUUUUAUUUAACACGGCCUUCCUCAUCUUCUUCCAUCAGUGGCAAACUUGUUAAUAAAACAGAAAGUUGGAAUGCUGAAGAACACCCCACUCUGGAAAGUCAGACUUGUGAUGGUGAAGCUUCAUCAGGAGUGAGAAGCACAGGAAUAAUAAAAUCUCCCUUGGAGAGACCUGGACUCCUGAAAGAUACUGAUGUUCUUGGAGACCCAGUUCUUGCUGGUGUAGACUAUGAUGUAUUUAGUCAGCUUCCCAAGGAUAUCCAGGAGGAAAUUAUAUCUGACCACAAGGAGGUGAAAGAUCACAGAAGACCUCUUGGGACCCAGACAUUUUCUCUUGGGAGGGAAGAACUGUUGGAUGAAGCACAACACCGAAGAAGCCACACUCCUCUUCAAGCUGGAAGCACCCAUCGAAACGUAAACACCUCGGUGUCUUGUGGCAUUGCACCUACCAAUGAGGAGCCCUCUUUGGCAAUAUGUGAUUGUGCUGUCAAGCAUCCUAGUCCUCAACACAGUGCCAUUGAAGCGGCUGGAAUUACAGAAGACUAUACCGGACCUGCUGGGGGAUCACCUUCAUUUCCAUCUCGGCCCUCUCUUCCUCAGACUUGUAUUCCAGAAGAGCAGAAACACCCAAAUGGAGAAGUCUCCCAUUACGGAAUUUGGAAAGAUGGUCCAAAAUUGGCCCUUCCUCCUAGCGUUGAUCCCAAAACAUUUUCCGAGCUGCCCUCAGAGGUGCAGAAGGAACUGUUGGCGGAAUGGAAGGGCCAGGCGCUUGUCCCCAAAAUGCAUGCCAGCAAAACCCACGGCAAGCCCAAAAUGAAAAAGAAAAGUGAGCCACCUUUGCCUCCACCAUCUAACAGCUUAUUAAGAUAUUUUAAGCCAAGAUGAUUAUCAUCUAACCAGGUGAGCAAGGUGUUGCUCUUCAGAUGCCUUUGGACUGCAACACCCCUCAACCUUAGAUAGUACAGGGGGUAAGGAAUGUUGGAAGUUGUAGUCCAACAUCUGGAGGGCCGCCCUUGGGCCACCUGCCAUAAACACUUGGCACAGUGUAGAUGUAACAUCUCGGAUGGCAGGUGAGGAGAAGGACCACGUUCUUUUUUUAGUACAUCCCAAUGAUAAAAAUAAGCAAACAUACCUUGUAGAGAUAACAGUCCUCUUUGUAAGACAGGUGUUAGCCAAUCUCUCGCUCUCCAUCCCCACCCCCGAUCUGUAUUUUUCUGUAUGGCAGGUGUUUUCUUUUUCCUUCCUUCCUUUUUUUAAGUGUGGGACCAUUCAGAAACACUGCCGCCACCCUGUUGUUUGAACUGAUACAACCCAGGAUAACUGAGUUCUGCAUUUUGCUGUUCUGUAGCUGAGCUCCUGGAAUGCUUUCUGCUUUCAAAAGAUAAAUGUAUUAAAAUUAAGAAUGGAGGGGUGA